GGGUCAACGUGGCCAAGUAGUUCCUUCACCUGUUACCGUCGCCGUGAUAGAUCCAAGAAGCCCGAAGAAAGCUUAGAGUCCCAGUGGAAGGGGCCUUUGCUUUAUGCAGAUACAAUGGCCAGCUUUCACCCUUCUGUACCAUCCUCCUGCGAUUGCUUCGUCUCACUUCCCCCAGCCUCUGUUGCCAAAGAGGUCAUUUUUGGCAAGAAUUCAGAUCGGCCAAAAGAUGAAGUUCAGGAAGUUGUCUAUUUUCCAUCUGGAUGUCAUGUCAAAGGGACAAAGGUUCAGUGUACAUAUCUUGAAGUGGACCAGGUAGAAAAGACACACGCAGUGAUCCUAAGUCGCCCUGCCUGGCUGUGGGGAGCUGAGAUGGGUGCCAAUGAACAUGGUGUCUGCAUUGGCAAUGAAGGUGUGUGGAGUCGAGAGCCAGUUGGGGAGGAGGAAGCCUUGCUGGGCAUGGAUCUUGUCAGAUUGGGUCUGGAGAGGGGCAGUAGUGCCAGUGAAGCAGUCCGUGUCAUAACAGCUCUUCUGGAAAGCUAUGGUCAAGGAGGCAGCUGCAAGGAAGAGCCAACUCCUUUUGUCUAUCAUAAUACCUUUCUCCUGGCGGAUCGCAAGGAAGCCUGGGUGUUGGAAACAGCAGGACGGUUUUGGGUGGCUCAGAGGAUCCAAGAAGGUGCCCGGAACAUUUCAAAUCAGUUAACUAUUGGUACUGACAUUACCAGUGAACAUAAGAGUCUGAGACAACAUGCUCAAGAGCAAGGAUGGUGGAAUGGUCAAGGAGAGUUCAAUUUCACAGAAGUGUUUUCACUCAUCCAUCAGCCUGUCCGCAUGGAGGCAGCCAAAGCUCGGUAUUGUGCUGGCCAGAAACUGUUGCAUCAACACUCAGGACAAAUUACUGCUGAGACAAUUAUGUCCAUUUUAAGUGACAAAGCCAGUGGGAUCUGUGUUGAUUCUGAAGGUUUCUGUACUACAGGAAGUAUGGUAUCCAUCCUCCCUCAAGAUCCGCUUCUUCCUUGUGUCCAUUUUUUCACUGCCACCCCGGACCCUUCUAGGUCUAUCUUCAAACCAUUUGUCUUUGUUCCCAAUAUUACUCCCUUUCCUCAGGUGAAGUCACCAUGUUUUGGUGAAAAAGACCCCAUUAGGGAGACUCCAAGAUUUCAAAGUCAAGUGGACCGUCGACACAAUCUCUACAAGGAACAUCAGCUAGCCUUGGAAGUCACGGAUUGUAAUCAGCUUGAACAGCAGAAACUGCAGGAUGCUAUGAAAACAUUUCAACAGCAAGUUCUGGAAAGUGUGAAAAAUGUGUCAACAAGCUCUGUCACUGUGAAACCCCAGGAACUGGCUGGACUCUUUUGCAAUUCUGUAGAUGCAGAACUCAAACUGUAUAGGUGAUGUAGACUUAAUGGCCAGAACUGAAAAUCUUUGCUUCCACAUUGAUGUAACCCUCAAAAUCUGUUCCUGCAAUUGGAAUACCUUUUUCUGUGCUCAGCGGCUGA